UGGUAGGCUCGGACGCGCGGGGCCACAUUGCCCGCCCCCUAGCCUGGAGCUGGGCCUCAGGGACAAGUUGGCUGGGUCCGGGCUUGGGGAGUGCAACGCGGGUGAGGGACUCAGCCUGGGCUUGCCUAGCUGUGGGGAUGAGGCGAAGCAUCCAUCCUCUUGGCAGUUAAGUGACUGGUCCUGAUCUGAGGGAUCUGCAAAUUUGGCUCAUGGAAAGAGGUGGCUGAAUUCUGCGUCUCCCAUUAAACGGAUACUGGCGUUGUUGAUACGGGUUUCGCAUGGACCCUGUCCUAUGCCAGGGUUUUUAAUCCAGCUAUUAAAGGAACUGGAGAAUAACAAGCAAGUAAGGGUUGCAGUGUCGCUGACAGGCGUGGGAAACUUGUGAAGGAUUAGAAUGCUAAGUGGCUUUCAGCUUUUUUCACACUAAGUCUUCUGUGCUUCACCAUCUACAUAAUGAAUCCCAGUAUGAAGCAGAAACAAGAAGAAAUCAAAGAGAAUAUAAAGAAUAGUUCUGUCCCAAGAAGAACUCUGAAGAUGAUUCAGCCUUCUGCAUCUGGAUCUCUUGUUGGAAGAGAAAAUGAGCUGUCCACAGGGUUGUCCAAAAGGAAACAUCGGAAUGACCAGUUAACAUCUACAACUUCCAGCCCUGGAGUUAUUGUCCCAGAAUCUAGUGAAAAUAAAAAUCUUGGAGGAGUCACCCAGGAGUCAUUUGAUCUUAUGAUUAAAGAAAAUCCAUCCUCUCAAUAUUGGAAAGAAGUGGCAGAAAAACGGAGAAAGGCGCUGUAUGAAGCACUUAAGGAAAAUGAGAAACUUCAUAAAGAAAUUGAACAAAAGGACAAUGAAAUCGCCCGCCUGAAAAAGGAGAAUAAAGAAUUGGCAGAAGUAGCAGAACAUGUACAGUAUAUGGCAGAGCUACUAGAGAGACUGAAUGGUGAACCUCUGGAUAACUUGGAAUCACUGGAGAAGCAGGAAUUUGAUUCUGAAGAAGAAACUGUUGAGGAUUCUGUAGUGGAAGACUCAGAAAUUGGCACAUGUGCUGAAGGAAUUGUAUCUUCCUCUACGGAUGCAAAGCCAUGUAUAUGAAAUGCAUUAAUAUUUGACUGUUGAGAAUUUUACUGCCAAAGUUUACCUCCACUAGUUCUUUGUAGCAGAGUACAUAACUACAUAAUGCCAACACUGGAAUCAAGCUUCCUUGUUUGAAUCCUGGGACCCUAUUGCAUUGAAGUACAAAUACUAUGUAUUUUUAAUCUAUGAUGGUUUAUGUGAAUAGGAUUUUCUCAGUUGUCAGCCAUGACUUAUGUAUAUUACUAAAUAAACUUCAAACUCCUGUUGAA